AGUGCACUCCUGGGGUAUAUAUAAUCGUGAUCAUCACCGCACAGUCUCAGUUCUUCUGAGCAAUGCCGUUAUCAACGGAGUGACGCGUCGCUCCUCCCCAGAAAGAAGUCGGUUUAUACAUAUUCGCAUACAAAAGUGAGAACAUAAAUAGUUCAUUUUUGAUUGACAAGUAAGUAGAAAAAGCAAAAGCCAUGCCGGACAUUUCGACGCUCGACCGGACCGGCUCCGGCGGGGCGCUCUCCGCAAUGGAGCAGCAACAGGUCGACGAUUUUUUAGAGCGGAAGGAAAAGGAGCGACUCACCCACGAGUUGUCGCAGCUGAAGGACUAUCCUGUGCAAAAGCAUCGCACUCGUACUAGUUGCAGUGAUGCAUGUUCUUAAGGUAAAACAGCAUGACAAAUUCCAGCUCCCAUACUGAGCAAAUUUGUAAUGCAUCUGAUACUAGUUCUAGAAGUACGAUGCUUUUGCAAUGCAUAAGCACCUCGCGGCGCAGCUGGAGAACGAAAUUACGUCGAAGCAGUCCGACCUGCAGCGCGCGGAACGGGACCUGUUCCUUUCUUUGGCAGAAAUGGAGCACGAAGACGCAGCGAGUAAGGGGAAGGGGCGGCCUGCCGCUUCGGGGGCUGCCGGCUCCUCGUCCACCUCCAUCGAAGAGCAUGUAUCCUGAGCAAAAGCGUCUCCACGCCAUAGUUGUUAUGCGAAUCCGCACGCCUAAAAGAUUUCUGAUGCGAAGCCCCGUAAGAUUCUUCAGGACCGUUUUCUAGUGCUGUCCGGGAGUUUGCGAUGCUGAUAUUAGGAUAAAAGGUAGUCGAAGUAGAUUUAUGAUGCGGCACUUUAUCACAACCUCAAACAGCUCUCCACUACGAGAGUGCAAACUUGUCCUGCGCAGCAGCCAAACCUUGUGGAUUUGUGUACCCAAAUUCCACCCAUCUUGACUAUUCAUUGGACGGGGACGCUUGACUACUGGACGGGGACGCUUUGACUCAGGAUAGCACGCGUUGAUCGACGAGGACACGUAUUGAAAGGAAAUAUCCCCCCUCCCCAUAUUGAAAAGGUAUGACUUCGAAAAUUUGCGUUGCUGAUUUGAGGUCACAAAUCAUAUUUGUCCUGCAAGAAGACAAGGGCAGGAGCUUUCGCCUCAUGAUGGCAGCGAUUUUUCAUGCUCUGGGGCCUAAAGGGGAGCCGUUUGCCAUGCUGAACAACUAGACACAUACGCCCCUAUCUAGCCUGGAGAUCUGCCCGCGAUGCCUCUCUGGAAUACAAAGCUGAUUUGUCUACGCAAAUCAGCAUCAGAAGUUUCCAUUUUGAUAUGGGGAGGGGGGAUUUUUCAUAGUGAUAACACGACGGAGGAAGACACCGCGGCGGCCGAGGAAUUCUUGAAGGACUUGUCGGUCGAGCAGCGCGCAGAACUUAUUCUGUGUAAAAACAUCCCCAUCUGCCCCCCUUAGUCGAGAUGGUAAAUAAUCUGCUAGACAAAUCAACAGGCUUUGGCUGAUGUUGCGCAUGACAAAGUUGGGGUUGUUGCAAAAAUGUAGUAGUCGUGGUCUUUAGCUAGUGCUGUCAAGCAGCAUCACAGAUCGCGUACAUGAUCAUGCUGAUUCCAGCAUCACAAAUCUCAAAACAACGCCAGAAAUAUCUGCUCUGCAUGGGUGGAGGUCUCCGCACGAGAAAUGCUUUAGGCUUGCAGAUUCGCAUUUUACAACUCUAGGGUGUGGGUGGGCCCCGUUUUUACCCGGGAUGCCACUGGACAAGUUGCUAGCGGAAGGCGCAGACGUGGAGGAGCAGGAGAAGCAGCUGAAGCAGCAGCUGAAGGACAAACAGGAGGAGCUGAAGAAGCUGACGCUGUUAUCCUGAGCAAAUAUAACGUCGUCCCCACGCCAGAGUUGUCAUGCAGAUUUGCAUCGCCAAAAACAUCUGCAAUGCACAUCAGGAAUUUGUAGUAUUCGUGUUCUGGGAUUUGUAUAUGCUGUAAACAGGAUCCGCAGGCCUCUUUGUAUUAAUGCGGCCGUAGUUCUUGCUAAUCAGCACUACACUGCAGAUAGAAAGUUGUCAUGCAACAUCACUCCCAAAACUUGGAAUCGGAAAUUUGUGUUGCAGAUUUACCAACCGCCCUCAGGGGUGUGAGCCCCGUUUUUGCACAGGAUAGCUGUUCAAGACGGCCACAGACAAGGGCUGCGCGGAGGAGCUGGAUUUGGCACUGAACCUGAUCGAGUGCGUGCAGUCUGCGGCCGCGGGUAUCGAUGAGAAAAGUUCAACAUUUCCCCCUCUGCAAAUUUGUAUUGCGAAGUUCCCGUACUAGUUGCAGUUCGAAGAAGGACAAAACGGUGUCUUGCAGAGAACCAGAAUGAUCACGCCUGCUUUGCUCUAGAUAGAGUCUAGGAGCGGACGAACACGAGUGGGGCCUGUACAUAAUGCGCCCUACUUCCAGAGACCGCGGCCACGUAGAAUGAAUUCUGGGCAUGCUUGCUUUUUACUGCUGCAAGAACUAGUGCCCAAGUUUCCGCGAAUCUUAUGCGUUGGAAUACUUAUUAGUUGCGUGUCGCCGGGGGCAUUUGCAGUAGCAAUAGGGUGAGUCUUCAUGUUCAUGUUCGUUGCCCUCGAAGUUGCCUGGCAAAAAUGACCGUGUUUCAGCAGGGUGAAUAUGCACGACCUUUCAUUUUCGAUACCGGUCUCCCGAAGUCUAGAGAAGUCCAAAGAAGCGGGCGGGGCUUCGUCAAAUAAAGCGGCGGAGGAACAUAUCAGAAUGAAAAAUCCCCCCUCCCCAUAUCAAAACGAAGUUUCUGAUGCUGGAUUUUCGUACACAAAUCAGAUUCGUCUUGCUGGCGAGGACCGGCCGCAGGCCCAUACUAAGCCUGAGCAGACAGAUUUUGGCCAGGGCGCUUUGCAUGACAGACGUCUACGCUGUAGGUACAACAGCAUGACAAACUGCCUGUAGAGUGCGGCGGAGCUUGUGGAGUUGCUUUCAUGCAACACAGAGAUGAUUUGUGGUCACAAAUCAGCAACGCAAAUUUUCGAAGACGUGCCUUGUCGAUAUGGGGAGGAUUUUUCCUUUUCAUAGAACAGAGCAUCAUUCCGGAUGAGGAGCGGGACACGUUUGUGCAGUGUAAAAGCGUACUACGCCAGCGUAGUCAAGAUAUGGUGAAGGUGCAAGACAAAUCCAGAAGCUUUGGAAAACGCGCAUGACAGCGUAGGCGUGUUUAGCUUGCGUAGCCACAAUACUGAUCGAUCCACUUUCUAUAUCCUGAGUCGCGCAUGAGAAAUUUCCAAACACUCUGAUGCGGCUGUGCAUGAUGAAACACACAGACAUCAUGAGCAUGCAGAUUUGUAAAUGACAAUAAAUCAGGGCUAGGCAGUACAGCGUGCUAAAAUUCCUUUGGCAUGACAGUGCCGGCGUGGGUGCGUGGUUUUUACUCGGCAUAACGUUGACCAGCAUCGCGCUGCACUUGUUCAAGGUGCCUUUCAUCCGGGAUGAGGUACUUCUACGCCGGAUUUUUCUUUCACAAUACGUCGCCAGUAAGGACAGUCCUGCUUCUUUUUUACGCGGAAUCAGUGACGACAGUUGUUCCGCUUAUGAGUUGAAUUUCGUUGUGGUUUCAGCACUUAUUGUUAUUUCACUUCAUGCACGACCUAAUUGACAGGAGCAGUUCUACCACUUUGCAGUACGCAACAAUAAAUCGUAUAUAGAAUCGGUAGUUCAACAUGAUUUUCAUCCUACCAGGUUCUCGCCCCCUACCUGCCUCUGAUUUUUCGUCUCUUUCCGGAAAUGGCAAAGUACUCCAUCCCAACCAGCGAUUUGUCUAUCAUUUGUAAAAACGUCCCCACCCCAGAGUUGUCAUGCAGAUCUGUAUGCUGAGCCUGAAAAUGUUUUUCAUGCGGAGCCCCAUGACAAGAGUUUUCUACUCGUAUUUCGGAAUUUGUCAAGCUCCAAUCAGCAUGAUAUGUCAGAUCUGUGAUGCUGGUGAACUAGCUAAACAGGAUUUUUACACUACGACGCCAAAGAAGAACUUGUCAUGCGCAACAACCAAAGCGUGUUGAUUUGUCUAGCAGAUUUCUCACCUUAAAACCAUGGCGUGUGGGGACGUAGUUUUGAGGCAGGAUAUUGUCGUGCGAAUACCUACUGCAAAUCGCGGUCCACCCGGAGACACCGAUCGAGGUGGCGCUGCGGUUAGCCCAGAAACUGGAGAUGGAAGACGCUCUGCUUGUAUCAAGCAAAAAAGUGUUAACGUUAACGGUUUUGAGGCAUUGCUGUCAUGCGUGAGAAAUUGCCGCUAUCAUGCAUGCUAUGCAAUACAAAUUUGGGCAUCAUUUCUCGUGCAUUUCUGCAUGCCAAAUUCCGUUAACGUUAACACUUUUCGGUGUGAUAGCUUGCUGGCAUUCGUCGCCCGGAAUUGAUCCCGAUUCUGGAAACGGAAAAGUGGGGAGAAGAGCACUUUCUGAUCCUUGCGGAGGCGUCGCCGUUGCACGCAAUCCUUUUGUUGGAGAAAAUCGAGGACGAACAGCUCGACAUCGACCCGAAUAUGGGGAAGCUGUUGACGCAACUCGCGCUAGCGGGGAAGGAGCAGCUGGCAGGAGAAGAGGACGAGGAUGAGGACCUGGCAGCCGGUGCCGACGACGAUGAAGACCAACCGGGGGAAAUGUCGCUCAAACAGGGUUUGUACAGCAUGGAAGAUGAGUAUGGAUGUGUCAGAGUUGAAAUCGACAAAGUUGAAAUUAUAACUUGUAAUGCAUAAAAUGCGAUACAAAAACUGACUCUAUUGCAGAGGACGCAAGGGAGGCAGAUCAUAGUCCCGGUAAGGGUCAAAAGUUGGACUGCUGACUAGCAUGACAGAAGGCAGCCCUUUUGCCCUAAACCGCAUGACAGACUCGCUUCCAGGACCGGGAAGAUUUGUCAUGCACCGACUACAAACUUCAGGUCUAACUGGCAUCCAUUUUCUGCUUCAACUUUGUCGAUUUCAAACCUGACACAUCCAUAAUGAAGACGACGAGGACGGGGACGAGGACAAGGUCGACACGCCACUGUUGAUGAAGAAAAAAAUGGCUUACUUGACGAAAAUGGCUAGUCCCACGGAGCCCGUCGGGAGGCCGAUUUUGGAGGAGGAGUGAAGAGGUUUUUUUCUUUUUCGAGCAGAGGAAAAGGAUUUUUUAGCGGGAAUAAAACAGCAUAAUUAGAUGAUCACUUACAGAAUAUCAUCAAAAUUCAAAUUGUGAAAAGAAGAAGAAAGAGACACUUUUAUAAUUUUGGAGGAAGAAGUUUUAUUUAUCGGACACAAGGCAAUUCUGUCCUAGACUUGGUCUCUCAAAGGAUCGUGGGCCCGGGACUUCGAGAAAGUUCGGCCUACGGAACAUCAAGUCCAUAGCUUGCUACAGCUGCUUCUUUGCUCGAAGAGAAGCUCACCUAUGCAGAGCAGAGCUGUAGUACUCAAAUUAUUUCUUAAUUUUUUUUCUUAAUUUUUGUAUCUACAAGAAGAACAGCAUCGGGAUUUGUGGAAAAACUG